AUGUCUGACAAGCCUACGAGUCAAACCGCCCCGAGCACUACGCUCACUGGAUAUCCCCAGAAUCGAAUUUCAUGCAGUGAAACAGGCUAUCAACACUUCAACGGAGGUUUGAACUUGCCUGGUCCAAACCCACCUGCCAACAUGCAGAAUCUCAAAGCAACUCUUCCAGCAUGUGCUCCUGUCGAAAAUAGUAUGGGUGCAACCAAUAUACAAGGGUACAACAGCCCUCUCGUUGUUCUGCCAUCGGGCCAGACGGUCCCACUCAACAACUUCUAUGGUCAAAGCCAAACCUCAACAACAGAUGCUGCUCCUCAACUUCCAUACAUCCUAACCGGAGUAUUCCCAAACUUCAUUGGCAACACCAAUACGGCUGGAGCUGCCCUCCCAGGCUAUGGUUGGCCCUAUGGAAUGACAUCCAACGUUGCUAGAUUUGAUCCUGCUCGUCGAGGCUCUUGGUCUUCCAACGAAGAGAAUGCUCCCAACAACCAAGCCACUGCCCUCCAAGGCCAAUCGGACUACUAUCCAUGUUUCCCAUACUUGUCAACAGCUACCAACAGUCAACACUACAACGCUGGUCCCAUUCAGCCAAUGAAGUGUCAAGACAACAAGUCAUACGAAAUGGUUAACGUUGACGAGCUGAUCUCUCGUGAUCCACCAAUUCCUCAUGCAGUUCCUGCUCUCUGGACCAAUCAAGAAGAACUCAGUCUUGCAAAAUGUCUUCAAAACCCCGAGGGUAUUACCAAUGUCUACAUUCGUGGCUUUAUGCCGGAUACCACGGAUGAGGAUCUUGGGCGUUGGGCAUCUCGCUUCGGUAAAAUCGAAUCUUGCAAGGUCAUCAUUGAGCAGGACACUAGAAAAUGCAAAGGCUUUGGCUUCGUCAUGUACUGCUCUCCCGCUGCUGCAGAAAACUGUAUCAGAGGUUUCUUUCACCUUGGUUUCCAAGCAAGCUAUGCUCAGAAAUCUCGCAACUCUCGUCUUAAGGACCUCGAAGACAAAAACUCCACCAACAUCUACUGCACCGGAGUUCCUAUCGAUUGGAAUGAAUCGGACUUGGCCAAACACUUCUUGCUAUACUAUGCCGUCUCUACCAAGAUUUGCCGUGAUGCAUCCUCAGGGGUCAGCAAAGAGGUUGGCUUUGUCAGAUUCGAAACUCGUGAAAUUGCUGAGCGUGUCAUCAAAGAGUUCCAUUCUGUCCUCGCGGAACAUGACGGUGUCAAGCUAUUCCUCCGAUUCGCUGACAGCAAAGCGCAAAAGCAACUCAAACAACAGAGUCAAGAACGUCGCAACUGGCGCAGUUGCGAGUACUGUUACUCAGUUGAGCACACCCCAUCACCAACAUUGACUCGACUUCAAAACAUGAAUAAUCACGUCAGUCCCAAUGGAAGCUACCAGUCCCCUGCCGGAACUAGCAAUGCUUUCACCCCGGCGACGUCAGUCUCUCCGGCAGAAUUGCCUGGUGUCAACAAGGCCGCGAACAUGGUUCGCAGCUCGGCUGGGCCAAUGCAUGGCGGACUCCAAUCAAACACCAACACCACGACCGUUCGCACCAAUGUUCCAGUCACGGCAGCUUCUCGUCCAUACACUGAGGUUCCUCCAAAGACCGCUGCUAGCGUUCCCAUUGUUCCAGAACCUAGUGACGCAACCAAGAAGACCAUAACUCCAAGUCCCGAGAAAGUUACCAUCCGACUUGAACCCGCCAGCGGUAAAGAGAACUUUACCGGCCCCUCGCAGUCCUGCAAGUGA